UUACAUGUCGUAGAAUCGUGUUGUUAUCUUAAAUGUGUAGUUCAACCGGCAGAUCAAGCAUUUAAAUAAAUUUCCUUGACGUGUUGAAUGUUUUAUUUUCAGCUGCUAUGAAGCGAGUUAUCAUAUUCAAAAAUGGGUAUUCUGUUGAUGGAAAGACUAUUGAAUUGCCAGACUCUCUUGAAAAAUUGUUAACAACAGCAAGCAAGAAACUUAAUAUUGAAGCAAAGUUGCUGUUCACUGCUCAAGGAGGAGAAAUUGAUGAUAUUAAUCUAAUCAGAGAUGACGAAUUACUGUAUGUGUCAUCUGGAGAACCAUUUGUGGAUCACAAAGAGGCCUCCCUGCCAAGAACUUUAGGUAGAAGAGGACCUCCUUUGAGACCAGAACUUCACAUUGCUACAGUACCUGGUACAACAUUUACAAAUCCUGAUUGGUUGCUUUUGAAUGUCGGUGGUAAACACUUUGCAACAACCAGGAGUACUUUAACUACAAAAGAGCCCAAUUCCAUGUUAGCAUGUAUGAUAGCUUCUGAAGAUAGUGCUCUACUUUGUCCAAGUUCCAUAGAUAAUCAUGGUGCCUUCCUUAUUGAUCGAAGUCCAGUUUACUUUGAGCCUAUUCUUAAUUACUUGAGACAUGGACAACUAAUAUUAGACAAUAAUACAAGUCUCAGAGGAGUUUUAGAAGAAGCAAGAUUUUUUGGUAUCGAGAGCCUAGUGAAAACAUUGGAAAAUAAAGUGGAGGAUGAGCAAGAGUCCUCUGACUGUGCUCCCUUGACUAGAAGGGAUGUUGUUAAUACUUUGAUAUCUACCUCAUUGUCUGCUGAAUUGAGAUUUCAAGGUGUCAAUUUAGCUCAUGCAGAUUUAUCUCGAUUGGACCUUAGAUAUAUCAACUUCAAGUAUGCUAAUCUUCAUCGAGCCAAACUUUCUGGAGCAAAUUUAAGCUAUUGCUGUUUGGAAAGAACAGAUCUGUCACAAGCUAAUCUUGAAGGCGCCAUCUUGCUUGGAGUUAAAAUGCUUUGUGCUAAUCUUGAAGGAGCUAACCUGAGGUCAUGUAAUAUGGAAGAUCCAGCUGGAAAUAGAGCAAACAUGGAAGGUGUCAAUUUGAAAGGUGCUAAUUUGGAAGGAAGCCAAAUGGCUGGUGUAAAUCUUCGAGUAGCAACACUAAAAAAGGCGAAUUUGCAAAACUGUGAUCUGCGAGGUGCUGUUCUGGCUGGUGCAGAUCUUGAGAAUUGUGACCUUUCGGGAAGUGAUCUCCAUGAAGCAAACCUUCGAGGGGCAAAUUUGAAAGAUACUGCAUUUGAAUUGAUGCUCACCCCCCUUCAUAUGGCUCAAGCUAUUAGAUGAAGAAUUCCUUAUCCUAAUUGAACUUUGAAUCUUUGCCACUUUUUUAACAACGUUGAUAUUUGACCAAGCUUUAUGCUGCAUUAACAGUUUGUUAGAUCGCUGGGAAAGAGGAAAUUAGCUUAUUAUCAAUUACUUAAAUACCCGUCCAUCUGAAAGUUCAGCUUUUUACAUGAUUAUAAAGCUACCGAAGUUAGUGACAAAAAGCGUCGUAAAGAUCAUUUUGGCAUUUCACUUCAAAAUAAAACUUAUGUCUCUUUACAUGCAUUGCAAAUUUUAGAAAUAAACUGUACUGAAUAAUGGUAAUUGCGGUUGAAUUUAAAGACAGUUAAUCAAAACUGUGAAGCUUAUUUUUUAAAAAGUAAAUAUUAAUGAAAUCCGAAAUAUUUCUAAAAAAUCUGGGCGUUAGUUUAAACAAUAUUUAACAGCCAAAGAAUUAUUUAGAUAUUAGCACCAAAGUUUAUACUAAGCAAAUUUUCAAAUAUUUCAAUCUAUAAUUGUAAGUUUUUUCCAAAACAGUAUAACUUAUAUUAGAGUUUCAUUUUAUGCAGUUAACAUUAAAUGGUGAUUAAACAAGAAGCAACAGACUGACUAAAACAGAAAAAUAUAUAACAUUGUCCCUUUAAAUUGUAGUUCUUGCAGAUUUAAUAAAAUAUGAACUUAAGUGAAUAAUAAUUAUUAUCAUGGUGUUUAGCUCAGAAACAGAUCAUUGCAAUAUAUAACGUAUGAAGUACUGGCAUUUCAUAUAGAUUUGAUCAGCAUAAAUGGCACUAAUAAAAGUCGAUUAUUGCAUUGAAGCAGAAUAAUCAAAGUAAUCCUACGCCUUUUUAAUAAUGUUGACUCAAUAUAUUUUCUGCUAAGCCAGAAUUUACAAUUUUGCAGUUUUUAAAUAUGCUCAAGAACUUCAUCUCAGCUGCUAUGAAAGCUUCAUUUCCUAGUUCCAUAGUAUUGACUUCGAGAUUAUUUAAGUCAAGAAUAACAUAUUGAUUCCAUUUUAUAUCUGAUUAUAUGUAUAGGUUUUAUGUCUGUUUAGGAAUUUUGUGUUAUAGUUCACUUUUAUAUUAUAAAUGGUCUAAGAACAUGUAUGAACUAAUUUUUUAUUUAAUUUUCUAAAUGGUUAUUGUAGCAAUCAUCUAGUGUUGUAAUAUAUGUAAAUAGCAGUAGAAUAAGUUAUAAGAUCCGAAUCCUAUAACUACUUGUUGAUAAAGGGGUUUUGCAAGUUAUGAAAUCUAUAUAUUAAGAAUGAGCAUUGAUUUCUCUAAGACAGAUUAGUUUUGUUUAAUAGUUUUUUUAUGAGUAAAACCUUUUAAUUUAAUUUGGCGAUAUGAUUUGUAAAAUUCUGUUUAUUACCAUGCAUGAUUUUCUUAAUAAAGGUAAUAAAUGUU